AUGCUUUUUGUGGAUGGAUGUGCACUACUUCAUUAUUUAGAUUUUACUGUGACUGAUGAGGAAGAUACCAUGAUUGAGGAGUUCAAAGAAAAAGGUAUUAAAAUUGACUACUUGGUAUAUGUACGGCAAGAUCUGUUCUUAUUGGAGAACCAACUUCCUUAUAGAGUCCUCAAAUUAAUAAUAAACUGCAUGGGUAACCGAACGCCAAUGAUAAUAUCAAUUGAGAAGUUCAUCUUUGGUAUCAUCAAGGCCCCAAGAGAGAAGCAUGGGCAAUUGGAACAUAAGUUGUUGCAAAAAGAAAAUCCAAUACAUCUUCUGGACCUUUUGCGAACAGGACUACUCCAAUUUGAUGAUAAGGAAAACCAAAUGUCAUGCGCCAUAGUUCGACAACUAAUUAAGAAAUUUUUCGAAUACAUAACUGAGCCGCUUGAAAAAGUUAAGAACUUGAUGGAGUGCAUUGUUAAGCCAAUUGAGAAUUGUUGUUCAUGUACACAAGUACAUGAUUUGCAGUUUUUCCGUAGUGUUGAGGAGCUUAAAGCAGCAGGGAUUCGGUUGAGGCCUAGUGGCACGGGUUGUUUGAGAGACAUUACUUUUAAUCUUGGAACUUUGAGGCUUCCUUCUAUUCAAGUGGACGACUCGACUGCAUCCAUGUUCUUGAACUUGAUCGCUUACGAAUGUGUCCAAAUUUUCUAA